CAUUUGUAGUGGGGGUGGAGAGGAAGAAGCAAACAAAGUUGGGAGACUGGGUUCGUUUAUAGAUCCAUUCCCGUGGUCAAGUGAAAUUAAGAGGAAGGAAAUUUAAUGAUUAUCAAGCAACACAGACAAAUAACCAAAAUAAAUAAGAAGUGGCUCCACUUCCUAGUAUUAGGAUUUAGAACUUGAAAACGCUUUUACCGGGAAAAGUGACGGAUGAGGAACCGACGAGGGCUUUCAAGAAAAUAGCGAGGUUACAAAGUUAUCAAGAUGGCGGACGAAGGAGUGAAAGUGCAAAUGAAUAUUCGCCAAAAUGCUGAAGAAUUGCAAGACAUCAUGAAGGAGUUAAACAGUUGGCAGGAUGAAAUGAUAAUAAAAGAUGAAGAUCUUCGAAAUUCAAAGACAAUAACAAAAAAGAACCUUCCUCCUGUGAGGAAUCUAGCCAAAAGAAAGAGAAAGAAAAAGAAAAAGAGAGAGUUGCCUUCUGAUUCAGCUGACAAAGAGAAACCAGAAGUUGCAACAAGAAUUAGUUCCUAUGACUACAGAUCAUGGGAUAAAUUUGAUGUGCAGUGUGCGGAAUUCAUGUCCUAUGUAAACUUUGGAAUGGGCCUUGCUCAUCACAGAGUGUUUGUGGCUCAGUGACUCCAUCAGGAUAAACUUUAAGUGUUAAAAGAAAUGGAUGAAGCAGAUGAAAUGAAGACAUUUUCCAGUUCUGAGGAAGAGAGCAAAGAGACUGAUGAGGAUCUGGAAAAGGAGCAAAGAUUACAGAAGGCACUACUCGAAAAGGACAAGGGAAAUGCACUUUUUAAGGAGGGUAAAUAUGAAGCAGCCAUUAACUGCUACACAACUGGAAUUCAGUUUGACGCAACAAAUGCUAUACUCCCAGCCAACAGAGCAAUGUGUCUUCUAAAAUUGAAAAGAUAUGGAGCUGCUGAAGCAGACUGUAGCCAAGCCUUGUCUCUGGAUGCUUCAUACACUAAGGCUUAUCUGAGAAGAGCAGCAGCACACUUUCAGCUUGGAAGGAUAGAAGAGGCAGAAGCUGAUUAUAAAGAUGUACUGAGACUGGAACCCAGCAAUAAGCAGGCUCAAGAGGAAUUGAAAAACAUAGAGAAGCUAUUGAAUGACAAGAGAAAGCAAACAAAUGUUGAAGAAAAGUCACCUAAGAAUGAAGUAGACAAAAAGUCACCUGCAAAAUCCAAGAAACCCCUUAAAAGAAUUGUCAUCGAAGAGAUUGGGACAGAAAGUGACAGCGACCAUGAAGACAGUACAGCCAAAGUUUCAACCAGAGCUCAAAUAACAGCCUCUUUGCCAACUUCUGAGACAAGAAAUAGUUCUAACCAAGCUGGAUCUGCCGAUGCCUCUGUUCGAGCCGAUAUUUUAAAAGUAGAAUCAAAAGACAAUUCCGGUAAAACUUCUCCUUUGUCAUCGUCAUCAACGCCGUUAUCCACUCAGCCUCAGUCUCCUAAAUUCCCUGCCCGGUCACAGUCUUCUUCGAAGGCAUUUGCUGUGCCAAAGUCAUCUGGACAAUUUCAAGCAGAUUGGAGAGCACUGCAAAAAGAACCUGAUCAACUAUUUCAGUAUUUCAGGAAAAUCAACCCUGAAUCUUACCCAAAGUUGUUCCAACAGUCUCUCGAGUCAGACAUGCUGGUUAAGAUAACGAAGCUCUUACGCGAUUUCUACCUCUCCAAUGGUCUACCGAUGUACAAAGAGUUGAAAUACCUUUCUGAAGUGAAGAGAUUCAGCAUGGCUGUGAUGUUUCUAUCGGACAAAGAUAAGACCGUUAUCCGCGACCUUUUACAGAGUCUAAAACAAAACAAAGAGGAAUGGAAAUUGACUGAUGAUGACGUCAGAAAUUUAGCUAUGAAAUAUGGAGUGUCUUGAACGUGUACCUUGCAAAUUUAACACGCCACAACACUGUUUACCAAGGGAUGUCACCCGUGUUUCCUUCAAUGUACACUGAACAGGCCCAGAGAGAGAGAAAGAUACCGAGUCACUUGUGAUUCUUGUGAAGUUUACGAUGUCGGCGAUAUGGGGCUGAAUACGAACUCAAGGCCUACUGCCUCGGGGAACCAACAGUGCGGAAGAGGUUUAAUACUGCUUUUACACUAAAGCUAAAACCCGUUUAAGAGCUGUUUUGUCAAACACGGUUUGGAAUUGUUUUCUCCAUUAACGUUGCUUUAACUGAUGUUUUUCGACCUCAGAUGUAGUACAACGACAAUAAAAUUUGAUAUUACUUGAA